AUGCUUUCUUCAUACACCGCACCCAUCAUUUCGGCUCAAGUCUAUAUGGAAAAGGCCCAACCUUUGCCCUGGACAAAGCUGAUCUUCGCAAAAUUGUUGCUUACAUUAGUCUGCCUCUUCGACGCUUUAUUCCUAGUAAUGUUAUGUUUCUACGAUUCAGUAUUUGGCGAGCUGCCUAGACCUGUUGAUUUUGUGUACCCACUGAUGCUACUCACGGCUAUGUGCAUAAUGACGGUAUUUAUUUGGGCCUGCCGUACUUACGGCUACGUCACUUCGGGCGGCCUUUUUCUCACAUGGGUGCUUUUUGCGAUUUGCGGAGUUCCGGAGCUUUACUAUUGGAUUCAAGCUGGGAAACAUCCUGAAAAACAUGCACUCGGGGCACUCUCACGUCAGAUUGCCUUCUUCAUCUGGUAUUUUUGCGUGGUGGUGCAGACGGUACUCUUCUCCUUUGCCGAUACCCCGCACGAUGAAUACAUCAAAAUUGGGGAUCAGGAGAUUGAGAACCCCUCCCCAGAAAUGACCUCUUCGUUUUUGAAUCGUCAAAUAAUGUGGUGGUUCAAUACGCUUUGUGUGAAAGGCAUGAAAAAGCCAUUGGAAGUUCCAGACUUGUAUGGGUUGAACCCGGAUGAUCAAUCGGCAGUUUUGGUACCAAAAUGGAAUAAACUAUGGAAGGUGGCGAUGGCAAAUUAUAAAGUCAAGCUAGCCGAGCGGCUAAAGCUAAGGCCCGCUCCGGAUUACGGUACCGUUCCCACUCACACUGAACCUGACGUCCCAGCUCCAUCUAUCCUUCUACAACUCACAACGCUCUUCAAAUUUGAUCUAACCACGGCUAUGACCGUGAAGCUAUUCUCCGAUCUUCUGACCUUUGUCAACCCCAUCCUCCUCAAAUCCCUGAUCAAAUUCACGGAAGAACUCCAUCGACCAAUGUGGCAUGGUGUCGGACUCGCAAUGACAAUGUUUGCGGCUUCCGAAUUUUCUUCCCUACUGCUGAAUCUUUACUUCUACCUAAUGCAACGGAUUGGAACCAGAGUCCAAGCGGUUUUGACCGCUGCCGUUUACAAGAAAACCCUUUGCCUUUCAAAUUCGGCUAGAAAAGAGAAGACGCUAGGCGAAAUUGUCAACCUAAUGGCUAUCGAUAUUGAUAGAUUCCAACAAAUCACACCUUCCAUCCAUCAAUAUUGGAGUACACCGCUUCAGAUUGGAAUUUCCCUAUUCCUGCUAUGGAAGCAGAUUGGAGUGGCAGUAAUUUCGGGAAUGCUGGUCAUGGUUCUUCUACUCCCCAUCAAUUUCUUUGUGACGAUGAUGGUCCGAAAAUGGCAAGUUCUCCAGAUGUACUACAAAGAUGAGAGAACAAAAAUGGUUAACGAGGUGUUGAAUGGAAUCAAGGUCAUAAAACUCUACGCCUGGGAGCCACCCAUGGAGAAAGUGAUUCAAGAACUUCGCGCCAAAGAAUUGGGGUUGAUCAAAAAGGCUGCCUUUCUACGCACAUUUUCUGAUAUGCUUAACCUGGCUUCACCUUUCUUGGUGGCGUUAUCGACGUUCACCACUUUUAUUCUGCUCGAUCCUAAAAAUGUGUUGACCCCAACUAUUGCUUUUGUGUCUCUAACACUUUUCAAUCAGCUACGCACACCAAUGAGUACUGUAGCCGAGUUGAUUUCACAGACUGUCCAGGUUUUUGUCUCGAACAAGCGAUUGAAGGAGUUUUUGGUUUCCGAGGAAUUGGCGGAGUCUGUCGAUAACUCGGCUAGAGAUAACGAAGAUGUGAUCGUUGCUCAAGAGGCUACAAUGAGCUGGGAUCGCAAUGAUGAAAAUGCGCCAUCAUUGACGAACCUGAACUUCAGUGUCCAAAGAGGAAUGCUGGUGACCGUAGUGGGGCGAGUUGGAGCUGGGAAAAGUAGUUUGUGCCAAGCGCUACUCGGCGAAAUGGAUCGUGUGAAAGGAUAUUUGGGAUUGUGUGGACGGAUUUCAUAUGUACCACAACAGCCAUGGAUGCAAAACAACACGAUUCGUGCUAACAUCACGUUCGGCAAGAAGUUUGAUGGAUAUUUCUACGAGCGUGUACUCUACGCUUGCUCGCUGUCUAAAGAUUUGGCUAUAUUACCGGAAGCUGAUAAUACCGAAAUCGGAGAAAAGGGCAUCAACCUUUCUGGUGGUCAAAAGGCGAGAAUCAGCUUGGCUCGAGCAGUAUACCAAAACCACGAUGUAUACAUCCUUGAUGACCCAAUGUCAGCUGUUGAUGCAACCGUUGGAGAAGAAAUGUUCCAUUCCGUGAUUGGCCCCGACGGGAUGCUGAGAAACAAGACCCGAAUCUUGGUGACCAAUGAAAUGGGCUAUCUACGACAUUCAAAUUUAAUCCUGGUGAUGAAGGAUGGAAAGAUUGAUGCUGAGGGUAGCUACGCGGAACUGGUUGCCAGUGGAGCAUUGACGACACUGUUAGAGGAGUGCGAAGCUGAGGAUAAGGAUCGAAAGGAGAAGGUUUUGGCUGAAGAAGAGGAAGGGGUUUUCAUUGACUCCGACACCGAUUCAUUUGAUCAUGAAGAUUUGUUGGCGGCUGAUUCUCCAAUGGAUAGGGUGUUUGGUACGUCCCAUAUGUCGACUGUCUCAGGAAUCAUUAACCGCAGGAAAUACAGUGUCUCGACUAAAAGAAAACGAAAGCAGAGCACGCGUUCCUCCAUCACCGGCACAACAAUUCAUGAUCCGAGCAAGCGACUAACACAAGCCGAAAGGGUUGAAGUCGGUCGCGUCAAGCUCGAAAUCUACGCCCAAUAUUUCAAAUCGAUGGGCUCUGCGCUGUUUUGGAUGUUCAUUUUUGGGAUGACAAUUAGUACGAUAAUGUCGAUGUUCAGAAAUCUAUGGCUCACCGAUUGGUCAAACGACAACACUCGGGCUGCAUCGAAAAAUCAAACAGCUUCAAAUGUCGGAAUGAGAUUGGGUGUUUAUGCUGUGCUUGGAUUCAGUGAAGUAUUCCUUCUCUUCUUCGGAAUGCUUUCAUUACUAUAUGGUGGUGUGGCAGCCUCCAAAAACCUUCACAGCCCGCUUCUCCUAUCCGUAUUCCGAGCCCCAAUGUCGUUUUUCGACACAACCCCCUUCGGCAGAAUCCUAAACCGCAUCGGAAAAGAUAUCGAAACAAUUGAUAUCCAGCUCCCCUUCAAUGUCCAAUUCUUCUUCCAAUGUAUCUUGCAGGUGCUUUCAACGCUGUUUAUCAUUAUUUUGAGUACACCUAUUUUUGGAGUUGUGGUAAUCCCAUUGGCCCUUCUAUACUUUAUUGUUCUGCGCUAUUACUUAGCCACUUCUCGACAGCUGAAGCGGUUAGAAUCCGUGACAAGAUCCCCGGUCUAUAGUCAUUUAUCCGAAACUAUCCAGGGCUCAAGCACAAUCCGUGCUUAUCGCUUGACCGAAAGGUUCAGUAAAAUCUCCGAACAAAAGUUGGAUACGCAUGUGCAAUGUCGAUACUUGAACUAUGUGGCUAAUCGCUGGCUCUCCGUUCGGCUGGAAUUUAUCGGAAAUUGCGUCGUAUUCUUCUCGGCGCUAUUUGCAUCAUUGAUGAGGGAUUCGAUUUCCAGUGGUGUCAUCGGACUGUCGGUGUCUUAUUCACUAAAUAUCACAUUUGUCCUCAACUUUGCCGUCCGCUCCAUUAGCAAGCUUGAAACGAAUAUUGUAUCUGUUGAAAGAGUCAAAGAAUAUUCUGAUACUCCAUCUGAAGCCGAAUGGAAGAGCGAGCCUGGCAACGAGCCACCGCCAAACUGGCCAGCGACAGGCUUCAUCCAGUUGCGUAAUUACAGUACCCGAUACAGACAGGGCUUGGAUUUGGUGAUCAAGCAGCUAACUGCGGAUAUUGGACCACAUGAAAAGAUUGGGAUUGUCGGACGUACCGGUGCUGGAAAAUCGUCAAUUACCUUGGCUCUGUUCCGUAUGAUUGAACCGGCGGAUGGUCAGAUUAUUAUUGAUGGUGUGGACAUCAACAAGCUCGGACUGCAUGAUUUGAGGAGCAACAUCACCAUUAUACCUCAGGAUCCUGUCUUGUUUUCUGGAACCUUGCGAUUCAAUUUGGACCCAUUCGAUCGUUACAAAGAAGACGAAAUCUGGAGAGCUUUGGAAAUGGCUAACCUGAAACCUUACGCCAUGGCACAACCGGAUAAAUUAAAUCAUGAAAUUAACGAGGGCGGUGAAAAUAUUAGUGUUGGCCAAAGGCAACUUGUCUGCCUAGCUCGAGCGCUCCUACGAAAGUCAAAAGUUUUGGUGCUUGAUGAAGCAACAGCCGCAGUGGAUCAUAACACAGAUUCACUAAUUCAAAAAACAAUUCGCGAAGAGUUUGCCGAAAGCACUGUGCUUACUAUUGCUCAUCGACUCAACACUAUCUUGGAUUACGACAGAAUAUUGGUGCUAUCCGAAGGGCGUAUCAAGGAGUUCGACUCACCGAAGGCCCUAUUGGCCAACAAACAUUCCGAAUUCUAUUUUAUGGCUCGAAAAGCAGGGCUAGUU